GCGCAGCAUUUCCGAGUCGACGCCCGCCACCGUGGGAGCAAGCACAGGAGGCCGGCGAGACGCCCAGCUCCACAACGACUCCCUCCGUCCCCAAACCAGCCACCUCGGUCUUUGACGUCUUCCGGCGAGCUGGCCGUGACCCGAUGAAGACCGUUGUGCUCUCCGAGAACCCGGCCAAGCCGCUGAGCGGGAAGCGCGAGAACCACCUCCGCGCGCUCAAGGAGACGCUGCGCAGCCGCGCAGUCCGCCUCUUUGACGAGUCGCGCGAGCGCAAGACGUCGUCGGCGUCGUCGAGCUCGAGCUUCUCGCUCGUGUCGUCGCCCGCGGGCAACGUCGCCCUCGCCGUCAAGGUCUUCUCGCCGCGCGCCAAGCACAAGUCGUUUGACGCGGACGACGACAGCGAGUGCGACAACGACGUAGUCCGCGAGCCCCAUGCGGUGGUGCGCCUGCGGGACGUGUACAUGGACCCGCGCCGCCUCAUCUCGGGUCGCCACGGCAGCGCGAUCGUCCGCGCCGUGAUCCGCGCCAACAUGAUCGACUGUCUCUCGUGCAAGUGGGCGCCAACGUACUUCAGCUACGUCGCGUACGGCGUGCAGCGCAAGCAGCUCACAGCGCUCGAGGCCCACUCGUUGCGGUGGCUCAUUUGUCAAUACAUUAUUCGCGAAGCCAAGCAGCGCUCGGACGCCCAAGCCGUGCUACGCGACCAGCUCGGGCGCAAGCUAACCGAGUUUCGCAUCGCGGUGCAGUGCGUCUCGGGCUUGAACGUCGUCAAGUAUGGCCGGAAGGGCGCGCCGCACGCGACGCAGCUCAUCGUCGAGAACGCCGACACGAUCCGGUGGACGCCCAAGCUCGGCAUGCAGCUCCAAAACGUGCUGCACCCGCUCACGAAGAAGGAGAAGAGCAUUUCACUCUCGACGGUCAUCGCCGUGCAAACCGGGUUUGCGUCCGACGUGUUUCGUAAGGCCGCUGCCAAGGCCGACAAGAAAACGACGCCGCUGGACCCGCGCUGCUGCCUCUCACUCAUUACGCCGACGCGGUCGCUGGACCUGGUGGUGCGCAAUCCGCUCGAGUGCGACUGGCUGCGGCGAAGCUUUGAUUUGAUGGUCGCCCAAGCGUACGAGAAUGAGAAGAAGGCGUCGGCGCACGUCGAGACGCUCAUUAUGCGAAAGCUCGGAUCCUUGGUCGUCUCCAAGUAUGGUCGCAAGGGCAAGCCGCACAAGACCCAGCUGAGCCUCGACAAGUACGGCGAGGUGACGUGGAAGGGCAAGAGCGGCGGGUCGAUCCUCCUCCAAGAGGUCAAGGAGCUCCGGCUCGGGCACGGCACGCCCGUCUUUCAGCGGUUGGCACAAAAGUCCAACCCCAAGCACUGCGUCUCGCUGAUUACGGCGGCGCGAACGCUCGACCUUGAAAUGAGUUCGGAGAGCGAGCGCGACUACGUGGUCCUCGCCUUCCGCUAUUUAUUGAACAAGAUGAAGGACCGCGCGCGCGAGGCGAAGCGCAUGAAGGCCGAGCGUGGCGUGCGCAUGCUCCAAGAGGCGUACCAGUACCACGCCCGGCGCAUGGGGCAGCUCUCGCAGGCCGUGCCGCCAAACUACGACCUCGAGCGGUACCCCGGGGCGUCGCCCGACACGAGUCCGAUGAUGGCCCUCGAGCGCUACUCGGACCCGACCUACGACCGGUACCCCGGACCCAACCGCGCGUCCGACCGGUACACGGGGCAUUCCGGGUAUGCGCUCGAGCGACCUCCGCAAGCGCGGCUGCCACGCGCCACGAAUGGCUUUCCCGCGACCGCCAUCUCCAAGCCGGUGCACUUGUAA